GUGUAUUCAAUAAUUGACGUAAUGGGCGUGAACAAAGGUUAGCUGGUACGUACACAGCGCGGUAGGUGCACGUACGGAGGGGUAAGAUGGCGGGAACUACCGCUGUACUGGUGGCGUACUCUCUGCUUGCUGUUCUAGUGACGGUGAAAUCAGGUUCUGUGGACGAGCACGCUCACAGAGCGCGGUCCAUUACCAGAGAAAAUGGCGGCGCACCGGAGAGAGAAAAGAACCCACAGUUUUGGAACAACAUGGCGAAAAACUCCAUCCAAGACGCCUUGCGAAUUCAAAGGAGCCACAACAUGAAGAUUGCCAAGAAUGUAGUGAUGUUCCUAGGCGACGGGAUGGGCGUGGUCACUGUGACGUCAGCACGGAUCCUGAAGGGACAAAACGCGGGAAACCCCGGAGAAGAGACCGUGUUGACCAUGGACACCCUGCCGCAUGUAGCACUGUCCAAGACCUACAACAUAGAUGCCCAGACGCCGGACUCUGCUGCGACGGCCACCGCGUACCUGUGUGGCGUGAAGGCGGCGUACGCAACGGUCGGGGUAGACGGCAGGGCAUGGAAUAAAGACUGCAGCUCUUCAAAGGGCGCGGAAGUCCAGUCAAUCUUAGCUUUGGCAGAGUCUGCAGGAAAAUCCACCGGCGUCGUGACGACAGCCCGCAUGACCCACGCCACCCCGGCGGCGACCUACGCUCACUCGGCCUCCCGCGAGUGGGAGGCUGACAGGGACCUCUCGCCUGAAGCUGUCCAGAACGACUGUAAGGACAUCGCCACACAGCUGGUGGACGACAAUCCCGGCAUUGAGGUGCUUCUAGGAGGAGGACGCAGGAACUUCCAUACCGGGACGGAUCCGGAAUAUCCGGACGACCCCGGAUCAAACGGUGUCCGGAGUGACGGCAGGAACCUAGUGCAGGACUGGCUGGUUGGGAAGACAUCAGCGCGUUACGUCUGGAACGGGACGGACUUUCGAACCGUCAACCCUCAAACUACGGACUAUCUUCUGGGUCUUUUUGAGCCUAGUCAUAUGAAAUACAUGACAGACAGAGAUGAUUCACCAUCAGAAGAACCUACCCUGGCGGAAAUGACGCGAACUGCCAUCCAGAUACUGCAGAAGAACAGAAACGGCUUCUUCCUGCUCGUUGAAGGUGGUAGGAUAGACCAUGGACAUCACGAUGGCAAGGCCGUGAAGGCCCUCACCGAAGCUGUGGCAUUUGACGACGCCAUAAAGGUUGGUAAAGAUAUGCUGAACCUGGAAGAGACCCUCAUCAUCGUGACGGCGGACCACGGCCACACUGUCAGUUUUGGAGGCUGGGACACGGCGAGAGGCAGCCCCGUAUUUGGCAAGUUGGACCCGGAUUAUUUUGUUGAAAGCGAGGGCGUUAACCUUGUCCCAGACGGCAAGCCGUACACGGCGAUUCAGUACGGCACCGGGCCGGGCUACAACAUCUCCGCUCCUCGUGAGGACAUCACGAACGUGGACACAGCACACCCAGACUACCUGCAGCAGAGCGCCGUGCCCACGGUGGUAGAAAGUCAUGGAGCGGAAGACGUCGCCAUCUUUGCUGACGGCCCCAUGGCUCACCUGUUCCACGGCGUGCACGAGCAGAACUACAUCGCUCACGUCAUGAAGUACGCGGCCUGUCUGGGGGAGUACGCGGAGGAUUGUGAUCGGGAAGAAAGGGUGGCGUCUGGAACCGCUAGGGGGAGCUUCAGCACUGCUGCUGUAUUGUCCUCCAUCUUCUUACAGCUUGUCUGGUGGCUUUAAGUGUAUCAUCUGUGCAAAUGCAUAAUUACAGUUAGGCAAAUUAGUUACGCUUAUUGGUGAUGUAAGCAUCUACAACCGCUUGGCGGAGCCUCUGCAACGAGCUGUGUUUUUGCAGCUUUUAUGGGUCCAGUUCUUACGUGCGAACUACUUUAAGCGUAAUUUACCAAAAUCAAAUGCAUUCUCAACAUUGAAUACAGUUUCACCAUCGACUCAUACUCAUAAUGGAUUCCUGAUGUGAUAAUUGUCUAUGAUUUGAUCUAGUGUGAAACAACCACGAUAAGAAAUAGGGGUACAUCGUACUGUACCUCACAUGAAAAAGAAUUGUAUGGCAUAUUUGAACGCGGUUUUGGGAGUAUAAAAUGAAAAUGCUA